AUGUCCGCGCCAGAAGAACUAGCGAGCCGUGCUGAGCUCACGGCGCGCACUGUUCCCAUGAUGAAGUUGAGCGAUGGCAGCGACUCGUCUAUGACACCUGCACCCAAGGUGGCUCUCGGCUCAGACACAGAAUUGGCUGCGCAAAAGCGCUUUGAAGUAGUGGGCAAUGCGGUAAUCACUGGCGGCGCCGGUACGCUCGGCCUUCAGGCGGGUCAUGCACUGCUCGAACACGGUCUCGAAGGCAUCAUGAUCCUGGACGUCAACCCUACUCAAUCACAAGCUGAGAUCGAGGCACUGAAAGCUAGAUUUCCGUCGGCCAAAAUCUCGGCCUUGGCCGUCGAUGUGACUGACGAAAUCGCCGUCAGCGCCGCAAUGCAGGAGGCUGUCUCCUUCUUAGGAUCGAUAGACAUACUCAUCUGCUUCGUGGGCAUCGUCGGCUGUGUAGAGACGCUCAAAAUGCCUGUAUCGCAAUGGCGCAAGGUGAUAGACGUCAAUCUGACAGGGACGUUCAUAUGUGCACAGGCAGCCGCGCAGCACAUGGUCAAGCGUGGCAAGGGAGGCUCUAUCAUCUUUAUUGCGUCCAUCUCGGCCCAUCGUGUCAACUUUCCCCAGCCGCAGGUCGCGUACAAUGUCAGCAAGGCGUCGCUCCUCAUGCUAAAGAACUCCCUUGCCGCGGAGUGGGCUCAGUAUGGGAUUCGCACAAACAGCAUCAGCCCAGGCUACAUGGACACGAUAUUGAAUGAAGGGGACGGGAUCGCUGAGCAUCGCAGGAUCUGGGCUGAGCGCAAUCCGAGUGGGAGGAUGGGGAGUCCUUCGGAGCUGACUGGCGCGAUUGUGCUCUUGGCAAGCCGAGCCAACACGUACAUGAAUGGCAGUGACAUUGUCGUGGAUGGAGGUGCCAUAGUAUUCUAG